AAAAGGUGCAUACCAAAUGCCCGAGCGUGUGCGCCGUAGAAAUCAGGCUUGAUUUUGGGUUUACAAAAUUCUAUUCUCGUGGCAGCUCAGCUCGCACUCGCACCAUCCAUAAUCAUUUUCAUUAUCAUCAUCAGCUACUAUUUCAGAGCGAACCCUUCAUUCAUCAGUGAUGGACACAACAACAACAAGUAACUGGAGGGAUCAACUGCAGCCUGAAACCCGCCAAAUCAUUCUCAACAAUAUAAUGGGCAAGUUAAAGUUCUGUCAUCUUCCUGGGGACGUUGAUGAAGACCUUGAACGUCAAAAAAUUGCUCAUAGUAUUGAGCAGAAAAGUUAUGGUGGUGCUACAACCCAGGCUGAUUAUUUUGAGAAAAUAGCUUCCAAGAUUCUUUUGUUGGAGAAAGCAAGAGAAAGAGAAUGGAGAUAUCAGCUUCGCCCUGAUUGCCGACAAAGAAUUGUAAACAAAAUAAUGGAAUUGUUAAAAAGACAUCUUUCUGUUAGUGGCCCGGAGGGAUCACAAGAACUUUCGAGGAUUGCCCGAAGGUUUGAGGAGAAGAUUUUUAUAGCUGCAACACAAGAACUUUGGAGGCUUGCCCGAAGGUUUGAGGAGGAGAGUUUUAUAGCUGCAACCAGCCAGAGUGAUUACGUUAGAAAAAUAUCUUUAAAGUUGCUUAGAAUCAAGACUACAUCCCAGGGACGCCAUGGACAACUAUCAAAUCAGCUUGGCCUUAACAAUGAACCUGCCAAUCCAGAUAAUGUAAAUUUACUUAUACCAUUAACUGGAGCCUAUUCAUGUUGGCCAUCCCUUUACAGAAGCAAGAGAAAGGGAAUGGAGAUCUCAGCUUCGCCCUGAUUCCUGACAAAGAAUGGUCAACAGAAUAAGGGAAACGUUAAGAAGACAUCUUCGUGUUAGUGGUCCAGAGGGAUCACAAGAACUUUGGAAGAUUGCCCGAAGGUUUGAGGAGAAGAUUUUUGCAGCCGCAUCCAGCCAGACUGAUUAUCGUAGAAAAAUAUAUUUAAAGGUGUUUACAAUAAUGGAGACCAUGUACCAGGGAAGCCAGGAACCUGCCAAUCCAGCACGGGAGCAGGAGCUGAAGAAUGCCAGUAUGGACUGAUGACUAUCACAUGGGCUAGCUGUUGAAGCAACCGUAACUUAAAAGUUUUAACGGUUCAAAUAGUUUUAUGUUGCGGCUGGUUCAAAUGGAAUUGCAUAACUGUUUUGCUCACCUUCUGUUUGGUAUUUUGGUCAUACUAAGUUUUUGUCAAGUGUCAUUAAGGGUUAGGGUUUUGCUAGGUAGAUCAUGAUUUUUGUGAACAAUGUGAACAAUGGAUUCUAAAAUUGGCCCAAUAAAGUAAAAACACACUACACUCCAAAUUACCUACCUAAAUCUUAAUAUUAGGAUAACCAUCUGCACACCUAGUGAAUUGAACAUCCGAUAUAUUAAUUGUUCACAUUGUUUAGUAUUUUCAUUGUCUACAUAUACUUUUCCUUUCUGUAUUUAGAAUUUUGUGAAUAUAAUUACCUCUGUUUACAAUUUCAGCUUUAGACGCCAAUGAUAAUACUAUCCUUGCUCUCUUAUCUUUCAAUUAAAAUAAACUCAUCUUCUUGAUUGAAUAUUAUUUGACUUGAUUCUUAUGCAAACUAUUGUCUAAACAGUGAUUCCUUUUACUAAGUGUUUCCGAUUUUCGAUCGUGAAUAGGGUUUGGGAUGCAGCAGUUUCUCGUAUUCACGAACAACUCCAAUGCGAUGGACAGUUCGUAAUGGAGCAUGUGCUUAUUUGAAUUUUCAAACUUUGAUGUACAUGUAUCAAUACUCGUUUUUUUUUACAAUUACAUACAUACAAAAUUUGUACACAAAUUUCUUUUUUUUUUUCUUUAAAUCAUGUUUUUUUUGCUAAUU